AUGGGCCAAGGAAGUGGACGUCAAGAAAGAAGCAAGAACCCAGAGCUGGCAACAAGUGACGUCAUGCAGGCAGAAGAGGAUAUGCAAAGUGAUAAUGGGGAAACCAAAGAGACAAAGACCAGAGAUGAGAGGCUGAAGCUGGUCUUUGGCAUGGCAGACUUAAAAAAUAAAGCUAUUGGACUGUACAAUAUUGGACAGACCUGCUGUCUGAACUCUCUACUCCAAGUGUUCCUCAUGAAUACACACUUCACUGGGAUACUGCGAAGGAUCACAGUGCCACCAAGUGCCUCACAGAAAAGUAGUAGUGUCCCAUACCAAAUGCUCUUGCUGCUGGAGAAGAUGCAGUCUGGCAAGCGGAAAGCUGUUUGUCCUAAGGCCCUUGCUUACUGUCUUUCACAGUACCGGGUGAAAUUGUUUGUGCAGUACGAUGCUGUUCAGCUCCUUCUGACUCUCUGGAACUUGAUAAAGGGACAGCUGACAAACCCAGAGCUGAUUGAAAAACUGAGUGAUCUGUACACUAUCCGGGUACAGGAGUACAUGGUAUGUCAAGAGUGCUCUUUUGAAACAAAAAGGAACAGCAACAUGAUAACCCUUCCACUCUCAAUGUUGGAUUCCAGUUGUCAUCUGCUGAGGACAUUGGAGGAGUGUCUGCAAUGCUUCUUCUGUCCAGAAGAGCUGACUGGUCACAAUAUGUGUUUCUGUGAACACUGUGGAAAGAAAACCCCUUUUAUGCAGAGCAUGAAGCUAGCCCAUCUGCCACGGACUCUGAUCUUACAUCUAAAGCGCUUCUGCUUCAGAAGAUCAUCCUCCACCCACAAGCUUUGUCACUAUCUGUCCUUCCCACAAGACCUUGAUUUCAAUGCAGUCUUGACAGAAGAGCAGUGUCAAACAGAUGCCAGUGAAAAGGCUUCCUGGCAAUAUGAACUCUUUGCCGUUGUUGCUCAUUCAGGAUCAACUGAUUUUGGACACUACUGUGCCUACAUUCGGAGCAUCACAGAAUGCAAAUGGUACCGUUUUGAUGAUUCUGAGGUUUGCCAGGUAUUGUGGGAUGAUGUUAAAUGCACAUAUGGACGUUCAGACUUCCACUGGGGACAAACGGCCUAUCUCUUGGUUUACAUGAAAAAAAAUCCUCAGUAGCUUUAUCCAGGACUAUCAGAGUGUCUUAGGAAGCUGUGCCUGUCACCCUGACCUGUGUGUGGAGCUCAGCACCCUCCAUGCCAUUGUGGAUAUGCACAGAUGUUUUGCAAGAGACACCCACACUCAAUCAGCAACCUCUGCCUUUACUUUUAUUUAUGAAAAGUGCAGGAGAGAAUCAGCUAGAGAAGGGUUAUAAGCAUUUCUGAAUGUUUCUUUUGUGGCAUAUGAUUAUUUAUUUACUGUAUCCUGGAUAUUUGUGUGAUUCAGUGUAUUACUUUCCUUUUGAAACAUAGUAAAGUUAGUCCUUUUCCUUGCAGACUUACUAGUUUCUUUCAUUGCUGAUGCCUGC